GGGGCGCAGGGAAGCCUUCUCCUCUCUCUCUUCCUCUCACUCUGUUCUUCUCCACGUUCUGGUUCCCCUUUGGCGUGCUUUCCACCAGCAUUGUCGGCCCAGCAUGUGAGGUGACGAGGAAGGCAUCGGUAGACAUAGAGUGUUAUUAUUUUAUUUAUUUAUUGGAACAACACGGCUGCGUACAGCUGUUCCUUGGUAAACAAUCCGGAAGGGAUGUGGUGAGGCGCCGCCAUGACGCAGGACGAGCAGGAGGAGAAGAGCCUGGAGGCGCCGCCGCCGCUCCUCUCGCCGCACCUGCGGCCGCCGCUGGAGCACGGCUGCGACGCGUGGUGGCGCUGGAGCCAGCACCACAAGAGCCCUGAGGUGCGGCUGUACGCGAGGACGGCGCUGUUCCACCCGAACUGGUCGCACGGCACGGCCGCCGUGCGGGGCUCGCACGACAUCCGCGGCGGCGUGCACUACUGGGAGGUGCAGGUGUCGCAGCGGCUCUUCGGCACGGCCAUCAUGUUUGGCGUGUGCACGGCGUCGGCGCGGCUGCACGCCGACACCUUCGUGAGCCUGGUGGGCGAGGACGAGAACGGGUGGGGGCUGUCGCACAAGGGGCUGGUGUGGCACGCCGGGGUCUGGCGCCGCUACACCGAGCCCUUCCGCGAGAACAAGGCCACCACCAUCGGCGUGCUCUUCGACGGCGAGCGCGGCACCCUCGGCUUCUACAAGGACGAGCGCUGGCUGGGCGUCGCCUUCAGCGGGCUGGGCGACGUCGCGGAGGCGCUGUACCCUGUGGUGUCGUCGACGGCGGCCAAGACGGAGCUCACCCUCGGCACCACCCGCAGGGGCUGGGCCGGCCUGCAGGACCGCGCGCGCCACGCCCUUCUCUCCGCCCUCGCGCACCCGCACCUCCUCUACACGCUGCCGCUCCCGCCCGCGCUGCGAACCUACAUCGAGGACGACCUGCCGCCCUCGAGCGCCAAUGGCAAGGACGUCCUCAUCCCCACCACCACGGGGCUCUCCCGCUCCUCCUGACCGAGUCCCAGCGAGUAGACGCCCUCGCGAACCAUGACCGCACGCCCUUCCUACAUUCCACGCGGACUGCCUAUGCACAAUCAGCAACGCACCCGAAGCCGUCACUCCCCGUCUCCGUACUUCGCUUGGUGAGGCGGCCCUGAGCUCCCGCGGAGGGAGCGAACCGUCGAUGUCUACCUAAAUGUCCACACGAGAGCACGCAGUUACUCACAUAAACGAUUGUUCCAUAAGUACACGAGCACACACACACACACACACACACACACACACACACACACACACACACACACACACACACACACACACACACACACAACACACACACACACACACACACACACACACACACACACAAGCGCAGUACCGUUGAAGGGUGGGGGGUAAAGGGGUAAAAUUUGUUGUCAUAAAUUUACUGGAUGCUUGCCUGGGUCCAAACUAUCAGCUGAUUAGACAAAACAAUGAUUAUUCUAACUUAUAAUAACCAGAAUAACGAAAUUUCCGUUUUAAUUUCUUGAGUGCGGGUCCAUAAUUAUUAAUAAAAAAGGCUUUAGGGACAUUAGCGAUGUCGCCAUUAGGAGAGCACGAAAGGGAUUUUUCUCUCACAUGUUUACGUCAGUGAACUUAACGUAUUAAUAGAAUUAUCAUUAUAAUUGAAUGCUGAUUGAAAAAAAAGAAUUUCCAGACCAAGGCCCAUGAAGUUAAAAAAGUAGAAGUAAAAAAAAAAAGAUGUAU